UUUAAUUCAACAAUCCAAUUUAAAAAAUUUUGUCUGCAGACAUUACUUUGAUCAACAUUGAGAGGUGUGGAAAAAGUUUUUUCAGUGAAAACUAAAAGAGCAAACAUCAGUGUGUCUGUUUGUCACAUAUCCUAAAAACAUCUUCGGUUUGUCGCAAUUUUAGGAGCUUAUCUCACAAAACUAAUUGCAUUUUUGUUUCUCACCCAUUUUUCCUUUAUCUUUUCCUUUGAAUUUUACCAUUUGAUAAAGAUUUUUUCUUUUUUUUUCCUGGGAUUUUUUUUUUCUCUGGGUUUUCAUUCUUUUCUCUCAACUAUUUGAAUUUUAGUUUUUUUUUCCAUAAUUAAUUUGCAAGAUAAUAUUGUUGAUUUCAUCUCCUUUUUUAGAUUUUAAUUGUUUUUUUCCCUAUGGUUGAGAAGAUAAUGAAAACAAUGUUGACCUGGGAAUCCCAGGAUUCAUUCAUGGUGAUGAUCCUUUUUGUUUAGCUUAUUCAAAAAAAAAAAAAAAAAGAAGCAUUUUUUGAGAAGAUUAUGGGCUGCAUUUUUUCAAAAGAAGCCCAAGAAGAAAACAACAAUGACAAGGACAUUGAUAGCAACAGCAACAAAGACAGCGAAAAGAACAAUGGCAAUGGUGAUGUUUCAAUUGCUAAAGGUGAAAAGAAAUUGGUGAUUGAAAGGGGAUUAGUUUCUGCAGGGUGGCCUUCAUGGUUAGCUUCAGUUGCAGGUGAAGCUAUUGAUGGAUGGUUGCCUAGAAGGGUGGAAUCUUUUGAGAAGUUAGAUAAGGUUGGACAAGGAACUUAUGGCAGUGUAUAUAAGGCCCGUGACGUAGAAACAGGCAAAACCGUUGCCAUGAAGAAGGUCCGGUUUGUUAAUAUGGAUCCACAUAGUGUUUGUUUUAUGGCUAGGGAAAUCAUUAUCUUACGGCGGCUUGACCAUCCAAAUGUUAUGAAACUCGAGGGUAUAGUCACUUCAAGGAUGUCGAGCAGCUUGUAUCUUGUUUUCGAGUACAUGGAGCAUGAUCUUGCUGGGCUUGCAGCAACUCCCGGCAACAAGUUCACUGAACCGCAGAUUAAAUGUUACAUACAACAGUUGUUCCGUGGCCUCGAACACUGCCAUAGCCGCGGUGUCCUCCGUAGAGACAUUAAGGGCUCAAAUCUUCUGGUAGACAUCAAUGGAAUUCUUAAGAUUGCAGAUUUUGGUCUAGGUACAAUCUUUCAGGUUGGUCAAAAGCAGCCUUUAACAAGUCGAGUCGUAACACUUUGGUACAGGGCACCCGAGCUGUUGCUUGGGGAUACUGAAUAUGGAAUUGCAAUAGAUUUGUGGAGUACUGGUUGUAUACUUGCCGAAUUAUUUGCUGGGAAGCCGAUUAUGCCUGGAAGAACAGAGGUGGAGCAAAUGCAUAAGAUCUUUAAGCUCUGCGGUUCACCUAGUGAGGAGUAUUGGCAAAAAACAAAACUUCCACAUGCAACUAGUUUUAAACCGCAACAACCUUACAGGCGCCAUGUCACCGACAUGUUCAGAAACUUCCCACAAUCUGCCUUGUCUCUUGUCGAUAAACUCCUUUCAAUGGAACCGGAAGAUCGAGGAACUGCUGCUUCAGCACUUAACAGUGAGUUCUUCACAACGGAGCCUUUCCCUUGUGAUCCGUCUGACCUACCAAAACAUUCUCCGUGCAAAGAACUAGAUAUCAAACUUCGCGAUGAGGAAGCAAGAAGGUAUUUCUUUUAUGGCUUAUUUCAAUGUUACGAAUUUUUGUUUUGAUUUUGUGUUCUCCCAUGUAACAUUAGGAAAAGAGCCGAGGCUGCGAAGGGACGAGGACCUGAAUCUGUUAGAAGA